AUGUCGGCUCCUUCUCUGUCCCCGUCGCACCUGUUCAUACUGGUCCUGAGCUGCUACCUGGCCGCGACGUCGGCCAGGAUCACGAAGAGGAGCUGGCACAGCGCGCAAGACGGCGCCUCCCUCCAGCCUCCGUCGGACCUUUACGCAGACGGCUUGGACCGGGACGCGCUUCGGCAGCACAUGGGGAAGCUGUACGAGAAGUGCCGCAGGGGGAACCGCCUCAGCCAGGGGAACACCGUCAGGGGCUUCACCGCCAGCCAAGGGUCGUCUGAUCAAAGGACGGUGUACCUGCUAAACCUCACGUCUCUCCAGGACUCGGAGGUCAUCCUGUCUGGCACAUUCCACUUCCUGUUUGAUCGGCACCCGCGUCAGAAAGCUUGGUUCUGCAAACGCUUUAAGAGCCCGUCCUGUCGCUCCCUCCUCAGCCACCCUCUCCCAUCCAUCAGCCUCCACCUCCGCUCCGUCCCUCCUGGGCCAGGGAUCAGCUCUGAGUCGCCGGGAUCACUCCUCGGCAAUGUGACCUUUCACCCUCGCAGAAGAGGGGCGUGGCAGAUGAAAGACGUGACCCAGGUCAUAAAACAAGCGCAGGACAGGGGUCAUCUCCUGCUGUCGGUGGAGAUGGAGUUCGGACAGCAGUACCAGAGGCAGCCGAAGGCGGCGCUGCCCGCUGGCGCCCUGCCUUACCUGUUGCUGUUUGCUGAUGACCGGGCCUUAACAGAGCCCAACAGCGUGGCGGCAAGUCUCCAGAGAUACGACCCCUUCCCGGAGGGGGGAGAGGCCUUGCUCUCGUCUGUCAACCCCAAUUCCAACUCCUCGCCAGAGACGAGAGGACGCGUGAGACGGGAGGCAGCCCUGCCCUCUGGCCCCAUCCAGAACAACGAGCUGCCUGACGCGGACUACAGGCCCAGCGGGUUCAGGAAGGAUGACCUGUGGGAGAGCACUUGGCAACUGACAUUUAAACCCAAGUCCAAACUGGCGAGGAAGGAAAAGAAGAGAAGGAACCAAGGAGCAGCGGGGGUUGAGAAAGACAGACAGGUGUAUGAAGGAGAGGGGCCUCGCGGGUCUCGAGACCAGCAACGGACGUCUCGCGUCUCCCUGUCUGACGAGACCCCCGUUAAAAAGUCAGACAACAAAUACAGCCGGCCGCUGGACGGCAGCGACCGACCGGGAGAGGAGGGGAGGAACGAGGGAAGAAAGCACAGGGGGAGAGGGGGAGGGGCUCAGCCCGAGUCGCCGGUUUUGAGUUUUGAUGAGCGGACCAUGCGAAAAGCCCGCAGGAGGCAGUGGGGAGACCACCAGAACACAGGCUGCUCCAGGAGGAACCUCCGGGUGGACUUUGCAGACAUCGGCUGGAGCGAGUGGGUCAUCGCACCCAAGGCCUUCGACGCCUACUACUGCGCUGGCACGUGUGGCUUUCCUAUGCCCAAGGUGGCGCAGCCCUCCAACCACGCCACCAUCCAGAGCAUCGUGCGGGCCGUGGGGAUCAUCCCCGGGGUGCCUGAACCCUGCUGCGUCCCCGACAAGAUGGGUCCGCUGGCUGUGCUGUACCAGGACGACGCUCACAACCCUGUGCUCAAAGUGUACCCCAACAUGUCUGUGCGCUCCUGCUCCUGCAGAUAG